AUGGCUGUCAGCGAGAGGGGCAUGUUUCUCAGGGCCAGACAGCGCGCCUUCAGCGGACUCACUGAAGAGGCGGAGGGACAGUGGAGCGGCCCCUUCUGUUUUGUCCAAGCGGCAGAUCCUCAGCUGGGGUUGAUGAAGGCGUGGAGAGAGGGAGACUGCGACGGAGGGGGCGAUGAAUGGGCGGAAGAAGUGGAGCUCACCAAACAGGCUGUGGAGGCCCUCAACAGACUGCAGCCCCGGCCCCGGUUCAUGGUGCUGUGCGGAGACCUGGUCCAUGCCAUGCCAGACACACCCUUCAGAGAUCAACAGGAGCGAGAUCUAAAGGUGGCGUUGAAGGGUACGGACCCCUCCAUCCCGCUGGUUUUCGUCAGUGGGAACCAUGACUUGGGAAACACCCCCACGCCAAAGACCAUCGAGCAGUUCUGCGACCAGUGGGGAGACGACUACUUCAGCUUCUGGGUGGGCGGGGUGAUGUGCCUGGUCCUGAACUCCCAGUUGUUCUUCGACGCCUCCGCCUGCCCGCAGCUGAAGGAGGCCCAGGAGACGUGGCUGGAACAGCAGCUGAGCCGGGCCUCUGCGUCCUCUGCCACGCAGCCCAAACCCAAACACGUCCUGGUCUUCCAACACAUCCCCCUCUACCUCAAGAGCCCCGACGAAGACGACGACUACUUCAACCUGAGAAGGGAGGUCCGACAGCAGCUCAUGGACAAGUUCAAGAGGGCAGUGUGUCCUGGAGGCACUCGUCGUAAAGACUCUGUGAUCAUCUCUGUGCUCUCUCCACAUGUUUGUAGUCCGAGAUCUUUUCAGCUCCUCUGCAGCGCUGAAGAGAAGCAGGGCUACAAACACAACCUAGGCGUGGCUCCUAGUUAA